GCCGUGCGCCGCGGGGAGGGGCCGGGCCGGAGGCGGCGGUGGGAGCGAUGGGGCCGGUGUGGCCGGUGGGGGUCGCGGAGGAGGAGCCGGGCGAUGGCGGGUGAGGCGGCGGCCGGCGGCGGGGAUCCGGGAGCCGGCGUGCGGCAGCCCCUGCGGGUGCCCCCAUGAACCAGCGUCGCGGCCGGGGCUGCCGGGACACCGUGCGGCGCCAUGAGAGCGGGCCACGAGCGGAGCCAGGAGUGUCUCCCGCCAAAGAAGCGGGACCUGCCCGCAGCCAGCGCCGGCACGGAGCCGGGACGGGCGGGGGGCGCCCAGGCUUCGGCCGAGGGCCCCGAGUGGGCCCGGACGGGCGGGUCGAGCACCGUGGCCCUGCGCUACGGCCCCGGGGAGGCGGCGGAAGCCGUGGCGGGGCUGACGGUGGACCAGUACGGGAUGCUCUAUAAAGUGGCGGUGCCGCCCGCCACCUUCUCACCCACGGGGCUGCAUCCCGUGGUGAACGUGAGCCCCCUGACCCCCACCUUCAACGUGACCUCGCCCAUAAUCCAGCACCCGGGGCUGCCGUAUCCUCCCAUCCAUUACGCCCAGAUCCCUCCGACGUCCCUGCAGCUCAUCGGCUCGCACUACACGGUGCCCUAUGCCGUCCCUCCCGGUUUCCUGCCUAGUCCUCUCCUGUCUCCUUCUAGCAACCUCACCACCUCUCACGUCCCCCACUUUGUGCCAUAUGCCUCUCUCUUCACGGAAGAAGCUGCUCCUUCCCCCCAGACUACCUCUCCUACCCACAGCUUCAACAAAUCUGCUCCUGUGGUCUCUCCUGGCCAGAUGCAGCACCAUGCCGGGACCCAGCCGCUAGAUACCACACCAGGUAGGAUUCCUGUUUAUUAUCAGAUGUCUCGCCUCCCACCUGGGUAUUCAGGAUACGAGACACCUUCAGCAGGUGGAAACCCAGAUUCUUCUCAGCAAGACAGUCCGCUGAGUUCGGAGGUGGCUGCUGCCAAUGGUGAACAGAGACAUCUGGAGCACGGUGUGGUGAGGAGGACCGGUGAGGCAGCGGAUUCUGCCAGCAGUAAAGCUGAAGACUGUCUGCCAGGGUCUGCAGUGAGAUGUGUUGUUGAUGGACAGUUUCUUUCAGGUUACCAGACGUUCAGAACAGAGGUUUCUGCGCCAGCACAUAGAAGCACACCAGACGCUGAUCUGGAGGUUCAGAGGGUGGUGGGGGUGUUGGCCUCUCAGGAUUAUCAUGUUCUGGCAGCCCAGAGGAAAGAUGACCCGAGCCCUUUAAACCUUUGCCAUAAUAUCCCUGAUCAGCAGGGGGAGUCGAAGAACAUUUUGAGGAACACGGUGGAAAGGGGCGCUGCUGAGACGAGCCAGUCCAGGAGUCCGUACGUUGCAUCUCCUGAAGAGAAGGUCAGACAAAGACAGUUAACCAAAGGAAUGGUGAUAGCUAACGGCAAGCCAGUCCUGGUUCCAGCUGGCUCUGAGCCCAUCAGGUCUUCCAUUUCAGAAGCCCUGGUGAGGCAGAGCCCAAUUGUGCAGGCUCAAGGAGGCGUGCUUGACAAAGACCUGGCCCAGCUACAGCCACCCAGCUCUUCUCGCUUGCCUUCUCACUUCAUGAAAGGAGCCAUCAUCCAGCUGGCUACAGGGGAGCUGAAACGAGUGGAGGACUUGCAGACUCAAGACUUUGUUCGCAGCGCAGAGGUGAGCGGAGGCCUGAAGAUUGACUCGAGCACUGUGGUGGAUAUUCAGGACAGCCAGUGGCCCGGGCUUGUCACGUUGCAUUUUGUGGUUGGGGAGCAACAAAGUAAAGUAAGCAUUGAUGUGCCCCCAGAGCAUCCAUUCUUUGUGUAUGGCCAGGGCUGGUCCUCCUGUAGCCCAGGGCGGACUGCUCAGCUCUUUGCUUUGACCUGUCACAGGCUGCAAGUGGGUGAUGUCUGCAUAUCAAUCAGUUUACAGAGCAUGAAUGGCAACUCUGCUUCUCAGGCUAACUACCCUUUCACAGAUCAGUUGAUAUCUACUAGGGAGAGAUCUGAAAUAACUGCUCAGGGGUCCAGAGAACCAUCUGACAGAACUGCUGAAAGGAAGACCCAGACAGAAAGGGAAAAUGCAGCUCAGAGCUCCCAUGAAGAACCUUCUCAGCCUGAGACUGGCAGUCAGCACAGCUGGACAGCCCCAGGCUUCCAAAGAUACAGCGUGCAGGCAGAGGAGCCGCGUCACUCUCUGCUCCGUCCCUCUUUCAUUCCCCAGGAGGUCAAGCUGUCUAUUGAAGGGCGUUCUAAUGCAGGGAAAUGAUCCCUUUAUGGUUGUGAGCGAGGGCAUCCCCUGUGGGUGAGCCUUACCUAUGUCGGGUGGAGAAAUUGCACAGACUUUGUGACAGGUUCACCAGCAAGACUGCUUUCUGCCCUGCAGAGCUGGAUUUAUUCCAGUUCAGCGGCUGACCAGUUCCUCUUGGGGAAUAUGGGGGGCUCCAGUGCCUCAGGAAGCAGCAGCAGGCCGGCUGGGGUAGAGAACAUGGAUGUGCUCAUGAGCUUGCAAUGAGAGCAUCCAGAGGCUGGGCUUUCUUGCACCUCUCUGAAUAACUGAUUCCCCGCCGGGCAGGGUCUAAGCAUUCAGGGAAGGUAGGGAGAUGGGAAAGGCAGACAUGGCUUAAGGUAGCAGAUGAAAUUGCUGAAGAUUUUAUUCCUCCUUUCUCUUGAUGGGGAGAGAUGGGUCUCCUUUGGAGUUUAGGGGGCUCUACUCCCACAAUCCCCUUUCUUCACACAUGCACUUUAAAAAGACCGUUCACCAACGGAGCUCUUGAGGGCAGGACGCAGGUGCUUCUCUGAUGGUUCUGUUUAAUGUCUCUUCCACUGAAUCCAACUGCUCUUUUUGCAAAGAAUGUACAGAAAUUUCCACUAACCACAUAAAUUCAAGAGGAAGGACCAAAAGGAUGGGUUUGGGUGCAGGUGGAUAGAGAACUUGAGCACUUGAGAUGGGACACAGAACAGGAGACUUCAGUUUCCUGCUAUGAAAUAUUUUUAUUGUCACCAAAAUUAUUUAAGUAUUUGCCACCAAAUCUAAUCUUCCUUCCUAUGUUAAUAACCUUGAAAACAAAAACCUCUUGGGCGUAUGGCUUUUAUGCUUAGUCUGCAGGUGAAUGGGGUUAUGUUUUUUUAUGUUGUGUUGUUCUUGUUUUUGGAAAGCGAGAGUUAAACAUAUUUAACAUUCUCUAGUGAAAAUGAAAAUGCAUCCUUCUACUGUAAGAGGACCGAGACUAUUGUGUAAUUAAAUCAGAAGCAGAACUUUACAGAUGGCUAGUUCUUCCCUGCAGGCAGCCUUCCGAAUAAACUGUAGACAACAGACAAGUGUUUUUGCAUGUGGAGGCAAAGUACAGAUCUUCUGCUAGGGACUCUAAAAAUACCACGGCAUUGUGAGGCGUUUUGGGUGUUUUUCUGAUCGUUCUGAUGCUUCAUUUUGGAAUUCCUCUGUGGAACUGAGAAUAGUCUUUUUCAAAGUGAGAUUUAACAGAAGUGUAAUAACACUCCAUUCAGGUGAAGGCUUCUGUAGUUACACUAAUUUAACCUCUCUGGUGCUGCAAUAUGACACCAGCUGUAGCUGCUUAGAUAGAAUAAAAAAGUCACUAUUUUGUUGAGAAUAAGAGUCUUCACCGGCUUAGCUCGGGUUUAAGUGUUCUUUGUGUUAGAGUGCCCAUGGCUGUGUUAGGUCCAGGCUUCUGAGGGUUUCUUCUCGGCACGUGGAUCCCUGGAGAGCUGCUCCUGAUGUUGGCACCAUUUUCCAUCUCCCUGUUCUCAUCGUGCUGAAGGUUCCUGCCAGGCAGCAGCGUGCUGCUGCUCUCACCAUCUCCCCGCUCAGCUCACUUGCAGUGCCGGUCCAAAUACCGUCCAGUAAGGUGUCCUCUAAAUGUUUGGCUUCAGUUGACUGCAUGACGAGGAUGUUCUGCACAGGUGCUAGGCCAGCUAGAGAGUCUCCUGAAUGGUUUUCCUAGUACAUUGCUGCCCAUUUCUGUUCUUUGACAUUCCUGCACCAGGAAAGCAAUUUAUUUUCAGGCCUUAGUUGAGAUGUGCUCCGUUCACGCCUUCAGUGUUUGUGCCUCACAGGGUUUCAGAGUGAGGAUGCUGCCUGUGUCACGCGCAGCUUUCCCCCAAUGACACACAGCUCAUGAUCUCAUCAGCUGCAUUUGGAAUUGUACAGAGUCGUGGUGACGCUGUCACGUGGAGGUGCUGCCUCCUUUGCCUGUGGGAAGGAUGUUGUCUUCAUGACACUGUUUGUCAGUGAAAUGUCCCGUCUGGGCCCUGUGCCUGCCUGUCACAUGUGAUUCACCGUCGCUAUUCCCUGAAGUCUUACACAAUGGCCUUGACUAAUGCUGGUUACUAUCUCAUGCUCAGGAAAUCCAGGUGUCUGCGCCGAGACCAGAAGGCAGCGCAGCCUGGGUUCUCUUGCCCUUCUUUGCAUGGUGCAUGCAGAGCAACUCAGAACUGUGGCAGGCGGCUGAGGAAGGGAUCUUGCAUUAAGUACAGCUGAUGAAUGUAGAAGGGACGUUGGAUACUCUGAGUGUUUGCACAUCUGAAUGGUGCAGAACCUCUCGAGCACCUGUUUGAAGGUGUAAGUCUCGGAUAGUUUGUUGAGCCCCCCUUGUCUCUUGUAUGUCACUGUACCUACUGCUCAUAGAGCCCUGGCACUGGGCAGCGGUCUGAAAGAGCUGGUGUAUGAGGCAAGAUGCUGCCAAGCGAGAACAGCUCUGUACUUUGGGCAGCUGGAGGGCUGUGCCUGUGCUCACCAUGGAGAUUUCAUGCUGCCAGUCUGACUGUGCCUGUUGAGUUCUGAGCUCUUCAGAGGAGACCAGGAUGCGUUAGACCUCGGGGUUUCUAUCCAGAUUCCCUGCACGUCCCACUGCUGAGUGUGUUUCGGCUGCCAGCUCUUCUGUUCCCUGGAAGCAGCAGCUGGGGCAGUGUCAUGGAUGGGUGUUAAGAUGAAGGAUUUUGUCAACUCGGUUGCUUGCCCGGGUGGCCGUUGUCAGGAUGGGAACACUAGAGGCCCUCCAGCCCUUCUGAACAGUAGUUGUAAUCACUGGAGUCUUUCCUUACUGCAUUGGGCUGCAAUGCUCAUCUCCUGCGGUGGUGGUUGUGUUGUGUUCAGGCUCACCCGAGACAGGGAGUGUGAGACAGGCUCUGCUGUGGGCAGCUAGACCACGAAUGAACCCGUGGAGGAAGAUUCAGUUUCUUAUGUUCAGGAGUAGCAGAGAGAAAGCCAGGAAGAGACUGUGGAAUCAGCUGGUUAUUCAGACCCUUCUGCAGGCAGAGACGUGAGAGGCUUAUUAGAGAAAUAAACCAUUUUCCUGCUGCUGUUGUGAAGUGAGGCAGAUCUGUGGUCUGUCCUACCUGGAGGAGGAGCUGUCCUGGCCUCGGUCUUACCCAGCUGGCACGGAGGUUGUGGGAAGUGUCUGAAGGAUGCAGUAACGGGUGUCUGCAGCAAUUUGUUCCACCGCAUCAAACAUUCCUUGGGUUGGCUGCCCAGCAGAAGCCAGGUCUGCUUCCAGGCCCAGCGUACAUUGUUCCUCCAGGGACAUGAGAUUUGCUCCAGGUGACGAGCACUCAUCACUACCAGACUAUGCAGAGGAAGCUCUGUCUGGAAAGGAGGAAGGCUGCAGAGGUCCCUCUGCCUCCCCUUCCCAGCAGGUGCACAAGUAUAAUGCACUUUUCACGUUGUGUCCCCGACCCUCCCGUCCCCACCCCACACUUGAAGUCACUUUCCCCAGUAGAGAACUAACAAACCUUAUUACUCGGAAAAUAUUUUAAAUGAAAACUGCAGCAGCUCGAGUAGCCCAAAUGCUAGUCCCUGCCCAUAGCAGUACAUGUGCCUUUCCCUAGCGUCACUCACAACUGCUCUUUGCCUUUCAGGCUGUCUUGAGCCUGAAACUUUUGCAGAAGCUGCUCAGAUGACUACGAAUGCACAUUCUAUACCGAGUUUGGCCCAGUGUGAUCCAUGUAGGGCUUAAUGUGCUGAUGGUUGAGACUCCUCCGUGAUCUUCGUGCCUGUCCACAUAGGACGGGACUUGCCCCAACGUCCCAGGCUGCUGCUGCCCACCCUGCCAAGCACCGCGCGCAUUUGGGUUGCUUUCUGCCCUGGUGGCACCUCAGAGCCCAGGGAAGGGUCUGCCCACACAAAGCAGAGGAAGAUGUGUGGCACUGGGGGACCAGCUGGGCUGCCCUGACACAAGGAGGUCUUUGUAGAUAAGUGCUGAUCCCUCAACUAUAAUCCCAGUUAUGUAAUGGCUGUAUUAACAUGUAACCGACCGCAUUGUAUCUAAAGCCUUAGAACUAGUCAGGUGCUCCUCUCCAACCCUGCUCCCACCCUGUUCCUCCUACCUGAUCUUUAACAAAGCAUUAAUAAUUCUAAGGAUAAUCUCUAUUUUGUUGUGCUUUUUUUGUAACUGUUUUAAAUAAAUCAAUUUGUACUGUAUAUUUGUACUUUUGGUGAGAUCCUUUUUCCUGUUUUACCAUUUUAAGUCUGUACUUGGCUACACACAGAUUGUAUUUUUAUUGUUAAUGCUCUUAUGAAUAUUCCAUUUAACUUGUUGACUCUGUAAACACAGUAUAUAUCUAUCUAUCUAUAUAUCUAUAUAUAAACCAAUAGCUUUUC